AUGGCGCCAAUUUUGUACUUUCUCUUCUCACUAAUCCUUUCGAACUCCGCUUUUGCAGCAAAUACUAGAAUGCCUUUGUUGCCCGAAAACCAUAAGGAACAUUGUUCGGACCCGAAUCUCUGCCCGCCUCCGCCACCUCAUCAUAAAAAACAUUGCAAAGAUCCGCCUCCGCCUCCGGAUGGUUCCGGAGUUAUCUAUCCGCCGCCCGGCAUCUGCCCGCCCGGUGUUUUAUGCCCCGAAAUCUGCCCGCCCGGUGCUAUAUGCGGUUUGCCGCCACCUCGACGCCCGACCUCGACUGCGUCGCCUUCUAUGACUUUCGCGUCGUUUUACACCGUUUUUUCUUUCGUUUUGACGUAUUUUGUUUUGUAG